CCGGAAGUAGUGGGUACUGGGACGCCGUGAGGCGGAAGCUGUGUAUGGCGGGAGGCUGUGGCUGUCCCUUGGGGGGGAAGCUGUUGCUGUUGCUAGACGACGGGAACUAGCUCUCGUCACUUCCUCAGUCCGCCGUCUGCCCACUCCUCUAGCCGGAACCUGGGGGCCCGGAGCCGGGGUAGGCACAGAGUUGUCCUCGGAGGUCCAGGACAGCGGCCAGCGCGGCGGCGGGAGUCAGGGCCACGCCACCUGCAGGGAAGAACCCGAGCCGAAGCGGGAAGAUGGCUGCAGACAAGCCUGCAGAGACAGGGUUUUGCCAUGUAUCCUGGGCUGGUCUCAAACUCCUAGACUCAAGCAAGCCUCCUGCCUCGACUGCCCAAAUUGCUGGGAUUACGGGCGUGAAUCAGGGAGUAGAGAAACAUGAAGGCACAGGUCAGUCCUCUGGGAUCACUGAUCAAGAGAAGGAGUUCUCCACCAAUGCUUUCCAAGCUUUCACAUCUGGAAAUUAUGAUGCCUGUCUACAACACCUUGCCUCUCUACAAGAUAUAAACAAAGAUGAUUAUAAAAUAAUUUUGAAUACAGCAGUAGCUGAGUUUUUUAGAAGUAACCAAACAACAACAGAUAAUUUGAGACAAACACUUAACCAACUGAAGAAUCAGGUCCACUCAGCUGUUGAAGAAAUGGAUGGAUUAGAUGAUGUUGAAAACAGCAUGUUGUACUAUAAUCAAGCAGUCAUUCUUUAUCAUCUGCGGCAGUAUACAGAAGCCAUAUCAGUUGGUGAAAAACUUUAUCAGUUCAUAGAGCCUUUUGAAGAAAAAUUUGCCCAAGCAGUGUGUUUUUUGCUUGUAGACCUGUAUAUAUUAACCUACCAAGCUGAGAAAGCUUUGCAUCUUCUUGCUGUCCUAGAAAAAAUGAUUUCACAGGGUAACAAUAACAAAAAUGGAAAGAAUGAGACUGGUAAUAACAACAACAAAGAUGGAUCUAAUCAUAAAGCUGAAAGUGGAGCUCUAAUAGAAGCUGCAAAAUCAAAGAUACAUCAGUACAAAGUACGAGCUUAUAUCCAAAUGAAGUCUCUGAAAGCAUGUAAAAGGGAAAUCAAGUCAGUCAUGAAUACAGCUGGAAAUUCUGCACCCUCUCUCUUUCUUAAAAGCAAUUUUGAGUACUUAAGAGGUAAUUAUCGAAAAGCCGUGAAGCUAUUAAAUAGUUCAAACAUUGCUGAGCAUCCAGGAUUCAUGAAAACAGGUGAAUGCUUGAGAUGCAUGUUCUGGAAUAACCUUGGUUGCAUCCAUUUUGCCAUGAGCAAGCACAAUUUGGGAAUAUUCUACUUUAAAAAGGCUCUGCAGGAGAAUGACAAUGUCUGUGCACAGCUCAGUGCAGGUAGUACUGAUCCAGGUAAAAAAUUUUCAGGAAGACCCAUGUGUACGUUACUAACCAAUAAGAGAUAUGAAUUGCUGUAUAACUGUGGAAUUCAGCUUCUUCACAUUGGAAGGCCUCUUGCUGCCUUCGAAUGUCUGAUUGAAGCUGUUCAGGUUUAUCAUGCAAAUCCUCGCCUCUGGCUACGGCUGGCUGAAUGCUGCAUUGCUGCCAAUAAGGGGACUUCUGAACAAGAAACUAAAGGCCUUCCCAGCAAAAAAGGAAUUGUACAGUCUAUUGUUGGUCAAGGCUAUCAUCGUAAAAUAGUUUUGGCAUCACAGUCUAUACAGAAUACUGUUUAUAAUGAUGGGCAGUCUUCGGCCAUUCCUGUAGCCAGUAUGGAGUUUGCAGCCAUAUGUCUCAGAAAUGCCUUGUUGCUGCUACCUGAAGAACAGCAAGAUCCAAAGCAGGAAAAUGGGGCUAAAAAUAGUAAUCAAUUAGGUGGGAACACAGAGAGCAGCGAAAGCAGUGAAACUUGCAGCAGUAAAAGCCAUGAUGGAGAUAAAUUCAUUCCAGCUCCACCUUCUUCUCCAUUGAGAAAACAGGAAUUAGAAAACUUAAAGUGCUCCAUACUUGCUUGCAGUGCCUACGUGGCUCUGGCUUUGGGUGAUAACCUUAUGGCUUUGAAUCAUGCAGAUAAACUUCUUCAGCAGCCCAAGCUGUCAGGAUCUCUUAAGUUUCUGGGACAUUUAUAUGCUGCAGAAGCCCUCAUCUCUCUCGACAGAAUAUCUGAUGCCAUUACUCACUUGAACCCGGAGAAUGUCACUGAUGUCUCCUUAGGGAUCUCUUCAAAUGAGCAGGACCAAGGAUCAGACAAAGGUGAAAAUGAAGCAAUGGAAUCCUCUGGGAAGCGGGCCCCUCAGUGCUACCCCAGUUCCGUCAGCUCUGCCAGGACUGUGAUGCUGUUCAACCUUGGCAGCGCUUACUGCCUGAGGAGCGAAUAUGACAAAGCCCGAAAGUGUCUCCACCAGGUUAAUCCAAUGGCUGGACCUUUGUUAAUUGGGAGGCCCACCCUGCCUGGGAGGGAAGAACAGUGAUGUGAAGAGUUGGAAAGGGCUCGGAGUAGAUGUUUCCAAGGUUGCCUGCCCACCACUAACCAUUCUGAACAGCCAGUAAGCAAAAUGCCAUUAAGUAUCAUAAAGAUGUUGCCUUGAAUUCUUAUAUUUUAAAAAAAGCUUCAGACUGUGGUCAUUGCAAAAAACAGUAAAUAAAAUGUGUUACUAGCCACUUGGAUGGAAAAUAGAGAUUUUACUAUCCACAAAAUGGGCCGGGCACAGUGGCUCACGUCUGUAAUCCCAGCACUUUGGGAGGCCAAGGCGGGUGGAUCAUCUGAGGUGAGGAGUUCAAGACUAGCCUGGACAACAUGAUGAAACCCCGUCUAUACUAAAAAUACAAGAAAUUAGCCGGGCGUGGUGGCAGGAGCCUGUAAUCCCAGCUACUUGAGAGGCUGAGGCAGGAGAAUCGCUUGAACCCAGGAGGCAGAGGUUGCAGUGAGCCUAGAUCGCUCAAUUGCACUCCAGCCUCGGCAACAAGAGCAAAACUCCGUCUCAAAAAAAAAAAAAAAAAAACCCACAAAAUGGUAUAAAGACGAUCUUGCCUAUACAGCUUGCCUAGAAAGCUAGGUUUAGAUGUAUAAAAUCUCAUUUUCUGAAAAGAAUUGUUAUACCUCAGUGUUGUGGCGAGAGGAAUAAAAGCCUCCCCACCUCAUUCAUGAGGAACUUCUUAGAAGCACAUGCUCCGGGCAACAUGCCCCGCUAGUCUGAGAUUUCUCCUAAUGCUGCCAAAAACCAACUUAGUACACAUUUCUGGUCCUCCCCAACAUCUCCCAUGUUCAAGCUGCUACCUUCAGUACCAUUUUUCCCCAUUUUCUACCUGUGAGAUAUCUACCCUGCAAGGAUUAAAGCAGGCCUCCCUUACCCCAAAGCUCUGUUUGAAAGAAACUUCUUUCUUUCUCUCCAUAUUCACAGCACAUUCACUGCCUUUCUCCCUGGCAUUUACGUAACUUUGUUUGGAUUAUUGUUAGUUAUUUGCAUGCUUGUUUAUUAUCAGGGGAAGUCCCUGUCUUAUCUCUAUACCCACCUCUGUUCAAUAAGUAUUUGUAGAAGUCCAUUAUCUGAUUAGAUUAAGAGAAGGGGCAGAGCUGUCUGGAAGCAGUGAGCAACUAAAACUAGAUGGGGAAAUACAAGUUGAUAAUAAGGUGAGGAAUAUUUUGGCUGUAGCCCAAAGAGGCCCAGACUGAGGAAAUAAACCUGUAAUUUCAGCACUUUUGUCCAGAGCAGUCCAGGCUUCUUUCUUCAGGACUGGAUUGAGAGAAACUGCUGGCCGAUGCUAUGGCUCUUACUCAGAUCUAAGGGCAGCAUGUUGCCUAAACUAGUAAAUUAUUUUAUUGGACUAAAUUGAACUGUGUUUCAGUCCUUAAGAAUGGAGACAUCAAACAUGCUACGUGGUACGUUUUUUCUGUAUUACUAUUUAAGUUUGAAUUAUUAUUCCUGACAUUGAUAACUUACAGUUUACAAUACUGAAGUGUUACUUAGGAAAACAAAUGGACAUGCAGAUUUUGAUGUAAUUGCAACUGUAUGUGUCUGUUGUGAAAGCCACCAGCAGAAUUGGAUGGUUGACUAUAGUAUCAGGGUGUCCAGUCACCCAUCUCAAAACCCAGAGUAUUACAUGUCUAGCUUAAUUGGUAGGUUUUAAGGCAAAAGGAGCUGAGGCUCAUCACAGCUAAACAACAGGUAGUCCCUAGGAAGUCACUUGGGAAUGAGCUUGAAUAAGUUUGUUACCUUAUUG